CACGAAGAGGCCUGCGGCAAGUUCGCCGGCGCCAUGCAGGUCUUGGGCUACUGCCCCGAGCUGUCCUACAACAUGGCGCUCUGCUCCUACGCCGCCAAGCAGUACGCCCCCGCCCUCAAGCACAUCUCGGAUAUCAUCGAGCGCGGCAUCCACCAGCACCCCGAGCUCAGCGUGGGCAUGACCACGGAGGGCAUCGAUGUCCGCAGCGUGGGCAACACGCUGCUCCUGCACCGCACGUCCCUAGUGGAGGCCUUCAACCUCAAGGCCGCCAUCGAGUACCAGCUGCACAACCUGGAGGCGGCCAAGGAGGCGCUCACAGACAUGCCGCCGAGGGCCGAAGAGGAGCUGGACCCGGUCACGCUGCACAACCAGGCGCUAAUGAACAUGGACAGCCAGCCCACCGAAGGGUUUGAGAAACUGCAGUUUCUCCUGCUGCAGAACCCCUGCCCACCAGAAACGUUUGGAAACUUGCUGCUGCUCUAUUGCAAGCACCAGUACUAUGACCUGGCAGCUGAUGUGUUGGCAGAAAAUGCCCACUUGACCUACAAACUGCUCACACCUUAUCUGUACAACUUCUUGGAUGCCAUUAUAACUUGUCAAACUGCUCCUGAGGAGGCUUUCCACAAGCUAGAUGAUUCAGCAGGGAUGCUGACAGAGCAGCUGAGAAAACUCACAAAACAGGUACAGGAAGCUAGGCAAAAUCGGGAUGAUGAAGCCGUAAAAAAGGCAGUUAAUGAAUACGAUGAGACUGUGGAGAAAUACGUGCCGGUCUUGAUGGCUCAGGCAAAGAUCUACUGGGACAUGGAGAACUAUGCGAUGGUAGAAAAGAUUUUCCGCAAAUCGGUGGAGUUCUGUAAUGAACACGAGGUGUGGAAGCUCAAUGUGGCUCACGUGCUCUUCAUGCAAGAAAGCAAGUAUAAAGAAGCUAUUGGCUUCUAUGAACCGAUAGUUAAAAAGCACUACGACAACAUUCUCCAUGUCAGUGCCAUUGUGUUAGCUAAUCUCUGCGUUUCCUACAUCAUGACAAGCCAGAAUGAAGAGGCAGAGGAACUGAUGAGAAAGAUCGAGAAGGAGGAAGAGCAGUUGUCCUACGAUGAUCCCGAUAAAAAGAUCUACCAUCUCUGCAUUGUCAAUCUAGUCAUUGGUACCCUUUACUGUGCAAAAGGAAACUAUGACUUUGGCAUUUCAAGGGUCAUUAAAAGCCUAGAGCCAUAUAACAAAAAAUUGGGCACUGAUACAUGGUAUUAUGCCAAAAGGUGUUUCCUGUCCUUGCUGGAGAACAUGUCCAAGCACAUGAUAAUGCUACGUGACAGCGUUACUCAAGAGUGCAUCCAAUUUCUGGAGCACUGUGAACUGUAUGGAAGAAACAUCCCAGCUGUUAUAGAACAACCACUUGAAGAGGAGAGGAUGCACAGUGGGAAAAAUACAGUUACCUAUGAAGCCAGGCAUUUGAGGGCACUGAUGUAUGAGAUCAUUGGGUGGAAUAUGUAAACGAUGUUCCCCUACCGUAGGCAUGAGAACUUUGUACCUGUUAUUUGUCUUACACCUGCGUUGAUGCUGACCUUGGCAGUCCGUAGUGAUAAUUUUUUUUUUCUGAUUACUUGCAUUUAAACAUUUUAUCCUGUAUUUUAGCAGUAUGCCAUGGAAAAUAGAAUACUUGCAUAACGUUGACAUGCACUAAAUAACUAGGAGCAUUCUUGAUAAUCAGCCAUAUCAAAUAUGCCUUAAGAUUUGGGGGCCAAGAACUUCAUUACCAAAAUAUCAUAGAACUUCCACCUGUAAAAUAUUUCAUCCUCAUGAAAUUUUGACCAAGUUUCUUUUCACUGGUUCACAAUUAAAAGUAAUUUGUUUUCCAUCUCUCCUAGCACAGAAAUUGAAGAAACAGAGUUGUUUUAAUUCUCUAAACUUGUGCAUGUGUGUGAAACGUUUCUUGCUUUUCCAAGUUAUACUUAAUAUCUUAUAGGCUGUGUUGAUGUAUAUUCUAAACAAAAGACAGCUUUACAAUAAAAAUCAGUCCUACA